CGCCGCUCCCCUCGAACGCUGCUUUCGGGCCACGUGAGCCCGCGGUCACGUGCAGCGCGCGGCGCGGCCGCGAUUUUGCUGUGUUUUAACUCUCGUCAGUGGCUCGCGAUGAACGGACAGACGCACACGUCCGUCCUUUGGUUCCGGCACGGCCUCCGCCUGCACGACAACCCUGCCCUUCUGGAGGCCAUCAAAGGCCCUCCGAACCUCUUCUUCCCGAUAUUCAUAUUCGAUGGAGAGUCCGCAGGUACAAAAUUAAUUGGCUUCAACCGAAUGCGCUUCCUGCUCGAGUCCCUGGGCGACCUGGACCGGCAGUUACGCAGCGUGGGCGGCCGCCUGUGGCUGCUGCGGGGCAACCCCAGCACAAUCCUGCAGCGCCUGUGGGAGGAGGUGGCGCUGACCAGGGUGUGCUACGAGAGGGACUGCGAACCGAUCUGGCGCGCGAGGGACGCGGCGGUGAGGGCAACGUGCGCCGAGCGGGGCGUGCGCUGCGUCGAGUGCGUCUCGCACACCCUGUGGGACCCCCGGGCCGUCCUCAGGGCCAACGGGGGCACCCCGCCCCUGACCUACCAGAUGUUCAUGCACACGGCUGCAACGCUGGGAGAACCACCGCGGCCGGUCGAUGACCCUGACUGGACAGGCGUGACCUUCGGAAAACUUCCCCCCGUCCUCAUGAAGGAAUUUCAGGUUUUUGACGACAUUCCAAAGCCUGAAGACUUCGGCCUGUCCAGUCCUGGAUACGGCUUGGUGCGUUGGGUCGGAGGAGAGACCAGGGCGCUGCAGCACCUGAAAGAACGCCUGCUGCAAGAGGAGAAUGCCUUCAGAAGUGGGGUCAUUCUGCCUAACCAGAGCAGGCCUGACCUUCUCGGACCUCCGACAAGUCAAAGUGCAGCCCUAAGAUACGGCUGCUUAUCUGUCCGAAGAUUCUUCUGGAACCUGCACGACAUCUUCAACGCAGUGCAUCAGGGUCGACCUCCAGCAGGUCACAACAUCACGGGUCAACUUUUGUGGCGCGAGUUUUUCUACACCAUGUGCGUGGAGAACGAGUUCUACGGCGAAAUGGCGCGGAACCCGAUCUGCCUGGACAUACCCUGGGUCGAGGACCCCGUGGCCCUCGCCAGGUGGAAAAAGGGCGAAACGGGCUUUCCCUUCGUGGACGCCGCCAUGAGGCAGCUGGUCAAGGAAGGGUGGGUGCACCACGUGGCAAGGAACGCGGUCGCCUGCUUCCUGACGCGCGGCGACCUGUGGAUCAACUGGGAGGAAGGUGCGACCUUCUUCUUGGAGAACCUGAUCGACGGCGACUGGGCCAUCAACGCCGGCAACUGGAUGUGGGUGUCCAGCAGCGCCUUCGAGCAGCUCCUCGACUGCUCCAAGUGUCUCUGCCCUGUCAAUUACGGACGCAGACUCGACCCUUGGGGAGAAUAUAUCAAGCGCUAUUUGCCCGAGCUUCGGAAUUUGCCGGUCGAGUACUUGUAUGAGCCGUGGAAGGCUCCCCUGGACGUGCAGAAGGACGCCAACUGCAUCAUCGGGCAGCACUACCCUGAGAGGAUUGUGGACCACCAGCAGGCCUCCUCCAGGAAUAGACACUACAUGCAGAAAAUCAGGGAGAGCCUGAUGGAGCAGCCCUCGGCCCACUGCUGCCCAUCCAACGAAGAGGAGACGCGCCAAUUUAUGUGGCUCCCUGAGGAAUGUGUAUCUCACGUCUUAAAAAAUUAACUGCUAUUUUUAUUCCUUACAUAAGUCCAAGUGAUUCAAAAUAGCUUUGAUAUAUAAAAUUUGUUAGUUUUAAAGAUUUGUGAUUUUAAAAAUUAGAGGAGAAUUAAUUUGCAUAAUUAUUGUUGAUUUUGAUCUCAUUUUACUAAUUUAUGUAUGACCAAAUAAUUCUUAAGGUUUUUGGUCAAAUGUUUUCACCUUACAAAACCAUAUAAUAUGAUAUGAUGUGGCAUUGUGUGUCUAUAAUAGUAACUAUAUUUAGCGUAAACGAUUAUACGGCUUGAUUGAUAUAUAAUAAUUUGUUGUCUUUAGAGGAUUUUUAAAAAUAAUUGUGGAAUUUGUGAUCCAUUUUGUCUAAAAUUAUUUUAAUUUAUUGAUGCGCUCAUCCAUACGAAAGACAUUAUUAAUGUAAAAUUUUACAACAAUAAACAAUAACGCGCUAUUGCAUGAAUAACUAUGAAUCAAAAUAUAAAAAAAUGGCUCCAUAUGCGGGAAAAUGUGCAAAAAUAAUAAAAAGAACUGAAAUUUUUCAGCAAUUUUUAUGCUUUUCAUCUAAAAAGAAAAUUAAUGGGAAAAAAUAAUCAUAAAAUAACAAAACGUUUGUGCCAAAUUAAAUUUUUUAUUCUCCAUUAAUAUGAUGAUUGGGCUAA